AUUUGUUUCUUCUCUUUAUAAUACAAAAGAUAACACCAACUUGAUGAUUUAAAGUUAUUUUUCUUAGGGGCAAAUACUUGAUGAUUUAAAGUCAAAGCGAUAUGUUUAACACUAAUAUAUAUACAACGCUGGUCUUGUAAUAAGAGGGAUAAAGUAGAAGAUCACGAAGAAUAAAUAGAGAGAAUAGAUCAUGAAGAGAAAGAGAUACGAGAUGGAGAAGAAGAAGACAGAGCUUCAAAUCGCUAUUGAAGAGCUCUCUCUUUUCAUCAUAACUAAACCUGCAGAUAACACUCAAGCUACACAUAUACCCUUGAGGCCUCUUCUCUCCUUCUGCAACUUAAUCAUCCAAGUUCUUGAUAAGAUAGGACCGACAAUGGCUGUUCUUAGACAAGACAUUGAUCAAAAUAUUCAGAGAUUAGAGAAAGUUUGUGAAACGGAUUCUUGUGUUUACUCCAAUUUGGUUGAGAUUCUGAAGAAAGAAAAGGAGGAAGGAACAUCCAAGAUGGUUGCUAGUUGCAGUAGAGCUCUUUUUUGGCUCACUAGGACAAUGGAUUUUACUUCUGGUUUACUACGAUUGUUGUCGAAAGAGAUGUCUUCGAAAAUGGAAGAACUUGUAGAAGAAUGCUACAUGACGACUUUAAAACCGCAUCAUGGAUGGAUCGCGUCUGCUGCUUUCAAAGUUUGUCUGAGGCUAGUGCCUGACAACAAGACGUUCAUGGACGCGAUCGGUGCAAGAGACGAGAGUUAUGAUACCUUAAGAGAAGACAUCGAUACCUUAAGCUCAUUGUUGACACCUAUUCUCAAAGAAAUCUACUUUGUUCUGGAGCAAUACGGGUUGAGCAGAUUAAGAUCGAUGUAGGUGAUGGGUCGAACAACAAUUUAAUUAUUUAGUGGAUUUUCGCUCAAAUGAUAAUUUUAAUUUAAGAAAAUGUAUAUAUAUCUAUAUAUGUAGUAAGAUUUAUUUGUUUAGUCAUCCGAACUAAAAUGAUUUCUCCUUUUUUAUAUAUAUACAUGCAUAUACGACAUGUCUGUAAAAUGGAUUUAUGGAUGUAAUUUCUUCUGUAUAUGCAUGUAUAAGCUUUUAGAGUACUCUACUCAAAUCAAAUGACUCUCAUAUAUCUCUUAGCUAGUGUGGAGUCUAUUGCAA